AUGAUAAGGAAAGUGGGGUCAAAUCCAAAGGACAUCGGAUUCUGUAAUUUUUGUAAUUUUGUGAUUUUCGGAUUUUCUUUUGGUGCAUUUUACUUCACGAUAAAUGCGUUCAUUAACUUUAAUAAGUUACUAAAGGCAGGUGAGACACUUCUGCAUGUCAGACGAUCCACAGACCUUGGUUUCGAACUGGACCAGGAGUACAUACCUCUAAAUUUUCUGCAGGCUACAUCCAGGUCAGAUCCAAGCAGCACCUCGGCUUCUGGGCUACUUUGCCGUGCUACGACCUGGUACGUUUACGUUACCUUUAAACCUUGCCGCAUUCCAUUUACGCAGCUCUUGUUCAUAAAUGCAUUUGUUAAAAGAAGUGAACUGGCCAAGCAAGUUUACUUCCUGUUCAUAUUCAUGAUCGUAGAGAAAUAUCGUAAUUUCCGUGAGGUGGUAGAAGAUCCGAGAAUCUUUUGAAUGCUAUUUAAUUAUAAAUGUUAUAUUAAGCAAGAAUGACCAUCAAAUACAGAAAAUCUCAUUUUCCUUAAAUAUGAGUUUGUCGAUUUUUCUCCUUUUUGUAGGAACUUCGAGCAGUUCCUUCUCUACUCUCUUCUUCACCACCAGUUUGGAAGGUGGUGUUAGAUUUUUAAAGCAGGCUGUGGUCAGUUUUUUAGCAUUUAAUGCCUGACGUAGCACUUCAAGGAUGACAGUUUCAUUGGACGCAAGCAUUGUGGAGGAUAG